AUGUCAAUAGAAUUUUCAUCCUUCAAGGUAAAAAAAGUCCUCCCGCUCAUAAAUAAAAAGAGGAGACAUGCAAUGGCGCUAACUUUACCGGUGAACUUUGUGUACAUGAAUACCGUAUUUCAUG